CCCCAAGCAGAAAAAUUUGUCUAAAUUGUAUGAAGUGCGGCAGGGUCCGAAGGAGGAUCCAUCCAGUUUUUAUGGGAGGUUAUGCGAGGCAGCCAGACAGUGGACGGAUUUAGAUCCAGAGCUGCCAGAAAAUGCCAAGAUGUUUAACACACUGUUUAUAGGACAGUCAGCCCCAGAUAUUAGAAGAAAACUACAGAAGACUGAAGGAGCAGCUGGAAUGAGCAUCAGCCAAAUGAUUGAGAUUGCUUAUAAAGUAUACUCCAACAGAGAUCAGGUUAAGGAGAAAAGGGAAGAUAAGAGAAUAAAGGCACAGGCGUCGUUACAAGCAUCGUUGUUGGCAGUGGCAAUUGUAGAUCAGAGGAGUCGGGGACGAGGCAGGGGAAGUAGAGGGCAUAGAGGAGGCAUGGGCUAUGCUCCGGGAGGCUACGGCCAGGGUCCCAGGUUGGGACCUAAUCAGUGUGCUAUUUGCAAGCAGGAAGGGCAUUGGAAAAAUGAGUGCCCCAAGAGGGAGAAGAAGAGACGAGAGGAGGAAGAAAGAUUGUUGAUGUUGGAUGGUUCUGACCAGGAGUGACGGGGACCGAGGGCUAACACUAAAGUAAUCUCUGUCUCCCCCGACGAGCCCCUGGUUAAAAUGCAAGUAGGGGGAGAACUUAUUGACUUUCUAGUAGAUAGUGGAGCCACGCAUUCAGUUGUAACCAAUUUUAAAGGACCCUUAUCAAAAACCAAGAUCCCCAUAAUUGGAGCCACCGGCCAGCGGACGUAUCGUCCUUUUGUGCCACCCAUGGAAUGCAAAUUGGGAGGAAAGAAAGUGUCUCAUCAGUUCCUGUAUAUGCCUGAGUGCCGCAUACCUUUGUUUGGGAGGGAUUUGCUGUGCAAAUUGCAGGCCCAAUUGACCUUUUCAGAGGGAAAUAUUACUAUGAAGAUACCAACUGAGGAAGCCUGGAAAUCUCAGGUGUGUCUCCUAUUGCAGGAGGGGGAGGAAGGGAGAAUUCCCCCAGAAGUAGAAGAUGCUGUAGUACCAUGGGUAUGGGCAGGAGAGAAGCCAGGAAGAGCCAAACUGGCUACCCCUGUAAGCAUUGAUUUAAAGCUGGGAAUUACCCCGCCCAUGGUGCCACAGUAUCAAUUGAAAAUAGAAGCUUGGAAAGGCCUGGAACCAUUGAUAAAGAGAUUCCUUAAAUAUGGUUUACUUCAGGAGUGUCAAUCAUCUUUCAAUUCCCCCAUUUUGCCUGUAAAGAAACCCCACAGUAAUGAGUAUCGUUUCGUGCAGGACCUCAGAGCCGUGAACAAGGUCACGGUGACCCUUCAUCCAUUGCACUUUGAUGAUAUCAGUGUUAUCUUCAAGCUUCGAGGUGGAACUCAAGUGGUUUUGACAAUGCUAUAA